AUGCAGCUAUUUUCGGAGUUCCGGCCCAGCGAUGCGGGCUCGGGGAGAGCCACGUUACAGUAUCCGUCCGAUUUCGGGAUCGGUGGCCUCGAGGUGUUCACGGAGGGCAAGGCCUGUGCGGAGGGCCACUUUCACGUCCAGGUGCUAGGGAGCCCCUACUGGAUUUCAGUUCAGAUCCUGUGCGCGACGCUGGUGACGUUCGUCGACCUGAUCGCGUUCGCCGCCUCGGAAGACGAGACCGCCGCCCGUCUCUGGCUGCUGCUCGCGGUCCCGCCGCUCGUCCUCAUGGCGGUCGACCUCGGCGGCCGGUGGGCGCGUGCGAAGGCUGCGCCGGCCCCUGCCGCCCCCAACCGGCAGCCGAGCGCCCGGCCGAAGAACUCGCUGCAGCACAUCAGCAGGACAUCCGACGCGGGGAUCAGCGCGCACCAGCGGACAGACAGCAACAUGCCGCCGUGCCUCCCUUCCGUCGCCCCCGUCGCCGACGUCCUGCAGUCCAUCGACCGCCACCGCGCGGCCGUCCUGCACCAGCCGCGGUCCAGCGUGAACCACGCGGCGAUCCACCGCGACCCGCCCGCCAGCUGCACUGGGCGGCGCGUCACGGACAGCGCCCUCGUCGAGUCGCAGCACGCGCUCUCUGCGCACAACGCUCCAGGCCUGUCGGUGGCCUGGGACACUGGAGGCACGAACCGGUUCUCCGGUCCGUCGGACAAGGGGGAUUGCGCGGUGCGCGCGCCCCCGGCUCCGGCGGGCAGGGAGCUGCGCGGCCUGUCGCCGACGACGGCGCUCGCGGCGGACACGCUCUCGGUGUGCGGGCCUGCGGUGGGCGUGGCGCUGCUGGCGUGGAUACGGGGGUUCGCCGCGGAGCACGGCGGGGGCGACGUGGGGGAUCUGCGGGCCGCGCUCGAGACGGUCCACCGGGUGUGGCUGCUGGCGGGGGCGCUGCUCCUUCCGCUGGCGGCGCUCAAGGUGCUGGUGGUGUACUGGCACGGGCGCGUAGUGCGCGCGCAGGGGCCGUCGAUGAGCAUGCAGAUGCGCGUCGUGGUCAUGCGCACGGCGCAGGGGUCUCUUUGGACCGGCCUGGCCUCCGUCCUCGCCGUCCUCGUGCUCCUGCAGGCGGUUUUUCAGGGCUUGAGCGACGCCCGCUACGUGGCAGACAACGCCAACGGCCUCCUGGCCUCUCUCGCACGCGCCGCCCCCGCGGACCUGGAACGGUUCGCGGCCGCGUCGGCGCCGUCGUGGCGCGACCGCACGGGCGACGCGAUCGGCGCGGUGUGGUCCGGCGCGCGUGUGCUGUGGUUGGCGGACCCAGCGAGCAACGCCCCGUUCCCGACGACGACGCUCCCCGGCACUGCGCCCUCGCUGGCGGCCGCGAUCGACUGGGACGGCGCGUUCGCGUACCACCUCGAGCGCAGCGUGCACGUGCGGCUCGUGGCGUUCGUCGCGGCCGCGUCCCUCGUGGCGCUCUCCACGGUCGCCGCGGCCAACGUGGUGUGCGCGCCCUUCCAGUCGCUGGUCGCGCGGUUCCUGGAGGCCGCGCGCAGCGUCGACAGCGAGACGCGGCGGUCCGAGGUGGCGUGCAGCGACCCGAACGCCGUGCUGGACCGCGCGCUGCAGACGAUGGUGGCGCUGUCGCACCAGCAGCAGGGCGGCGCGGCGGUCAUCGGGCGGCUCAAGGAGUCCCUGCCGCGCCCCGGCGACGUGAGCGAGUGGGCCACGGUCCUCGUCGGCCGCGAGCAGGCCAUGCUCCCGCCCCCCUCGCGCGGCCGGCCCGCUCGCGGCAGCCUGCUUGGGCAACACUCGCGCAUCAUCGCGGGGCUCGCCGGGGCUGCGCCGGCGGCCAGCAAGGCGCCGCACCUGGUCAAGAUCGACAGCGUCGACUGGGACCCGCUCGAGCUCGACGCCGACUCGCUGCGCGAGAGCGUCGUCGAGAUGUUCCGCCGCCUGCGUCUGCUGUACCCGGAGCGCGACGGCGCGGGCGCGCAGGAGACGGCGGAGCGCAUGGCUGCGAGCGGGCUGAUCAGUGUCGUGCGCCUCGAGGCGCUGAUCGACCACCUCGCGCCGCUGUACGACACCGGGAACGACUACCACAACUGGCGGCACGCGGUGGACGUGACGCACACGCUGUUCACCAUCAUCCUCACGACGCCCGUGCUGCAGCGGCGCCUGACGCGCCUCGACCGCCUCGCGCUGAUGGUGGCCGCGCUCGGGCACGACGUGUGCCACUCGGGCACCAACAACCAGUUCCUGAUCGACACCAACGCGCCCGUGGCGCUGGCGUACAACGACCGCUCCGUGCAGGAGAACAUGCACGCCGCGACGCUCUUCCAGCUCAUGGCCAACAACCCCGAGGCCAACGUCUUCGCCGACCUCCCGCGGAAGACGGCGGCCGCGGUGCGCCGCACCGUCGUCGGGGCCAUCCUCGCCACCGACAUGGCGCGGCACUUCGACCUCGUCGCGCGGCUCGAGGCCGCGGUGGAGACCCGCCGCCGCGGCGCGCGCUCCGCGGAGCACGAGGCGCAGGAGCACGCCCUGAUCAUAGAGUCGCUGAUGCACCUCGCGGACCUGGGGCACUCGUUCAAGCCGUUCGACGACACCUGCGAGUGGACGCAGCGCCUCAUGCAGGAGUUCUUCAGACAGGGCGACAUGGAGCGCGAGAUCGGCAUGCAGCCCUCGCCGCUGAUGCAGCGCGAGUCGCUGUACGUCCCGGCGGCGCAGCUGGACUUUUAUCAGGUGGUGCUGCUGCCGUACACCGCGGCCAUGGUGCGCCUGGUUCCCGGCCUGAGCCGGCUCCUGCACGUCCUGCAGCGCAACUUCGAGCUCUGGGCGGGCAUCGUGGAGCACGACCAGCGCGCCGCGCGGGCCGCCCAGGAGCAGGGCAUCAGCCGCAUCGAGUGCGACUCGGUGCUCGGCUCGCCCUCGGGCUCGGAGCGCGUCUUCGCGGGCAACAUGGCGAUGACCUCCCAGUACUUCACGCCCGCUGCGAUCAACGAUAACGUGGCAGAGGAGGUCCAGAAAAUCGACGUCGAGAAUCGCAAGGCGCACGUCAGGCGCGUCGUGGAGGACUGCCUUGGAAUCACCUCGUGA